AUGCCAAGGCUUUCCGAUUACUGGAAAACAGAUCCAUUGUUUUUGUCAGUGUUUCCCCAAUACAUGAGCAGAGAUAGGUUCUUCCUAAUACUGCGCCACCUUCAUUUCAACAACAACAAUGAUGGGAAUGACAAGUUGUUCAAAAUUCGUCCAGUGAUAGACUAUCUGAACAACCGAAUGUCCAAAAUAUAUUAUCCUAGUAAGGAAUUGAGCUUGGAUGAAGCGAUGAUUCUCUGGCGUGGACGUAUACAAUUUAGGCAAUACAUAAAAAAUAAACGCCACAAGUACGGCAUCAAGAUUUACACUCUUUGUGAGCCAAAUGGCCUGGUCUUGAACACUAUCGUGUAUACAGGUAAAAGUGAUGAACUUGGUGGCAAGGGACAUACUAACAAAAUUGUAAAAGCCCUCAUGACAGGUAGAGAGAACCACGGACAUUCAUUGUUCAUGGAUAAUUUUUAUAACUCCCAUGACCUGUCCAAAGAACUGCUAGAACAGGGUACCCACGUAACAGGAACCCUAUUGGCCAACAGGCAACACAACCCAAAGGAUGUUGUAAAUUCCAAACUGGAAAAAGGGAAAACGACUUGCCUGUUCUCUGAAAAACAUGUCAUGGUAGGGAAAUGGCGUGAUAAAAGAGCCGUUCUCUACCUCUCUACUGAAUUUGACAACACAAUGACCCAAGCAACAAAUCGGAGAGGUCAAAUGUCUAUGAAGCCACUUCCAAUAGUAAGAUACAAUGCGUAUAUGUCUGGAAUCGAUCGUAAGGAUCAGAUGAUGGCAUACUACCCAGCAGAGCGGAAAACCAUUCGCUGGUACAAGAAGCUGUUCAUUCACUAUUUUGUAAUGAUGAUGUUGAAUUUGUUCUCUUUGUUCAACAAGUACACAACCUCAGGAAAACUGGCACUGUAUGACUUCAGGCUUCAAAUCAUAAGACGCCUUCUUUCAGAAAAACAAUUAGUAAGAAGGGAACCCACGCCCAGAAACACGGAGCAUCUUCCAACCAAAUGCUUAGUCGGCGAAAAUGGUAGAGUAAUGAGGAAAAAGUGCAGAGUUUGCAAAACUGAACAAAACAAAAGGAAAGACACUAUCUACCACUGCAUCGCUUGUCCUGGAAAUCCCGGCUUAUGCUUGGAGCCAUGUUUCAAGAAAUAUCACCAGUAA